AUUUUUGUAAUGUCACGCCGCGAUUAAACAAGUGGUCUUGGAGGCCUCAAUUAGGUUGCGGAUAAUUUCUUCUACAACACUGAGCCAUACAACAACACGAGGGGAGGAGGAGUUGUAUGUGGACAAACAACUACAUUACAAAGCGUUUUGCGGCUCAAAGGUUUGGUGAGCAUUCCAUCCAACACUAAAAGGUUACGCAAGUUAUCAAAAUGGACCAAAAGUUAUUGCUGAGAGUUGUCAUUGAUGAAGAAGAUAUUAGAAAAGUAACUUUAAAUGAAAGACCUGAUUCCAUUGAAGAUUGAAAAAUGCAACUGAAGGAUCAUUGCUGAACUAUUGCUGCAGUAUGACUUUAAACUGCAGUAUGAAGAUCAAGACUUCAGUAAUGCUCUUUGCAAUCUCACUGAAAUAACAGACUUGCCUGAUAAAGCUACACUGAAAAUCAUCCCUCUCAUGACUCUGCAUGUAACAGCCCUGUCAUCACCAACCACAACUUCAGACACAGAGUGCAGCAACGCAAACACUGAGAUCCUCUCUAGUGCUGGAACAUCACCAUUGUUGAGGGAACAGUGGCCAGAUUUCUUUGACAUACCCAAUUUCUCAGUUGAUGUUGCAUACAGACUCAGACAAGGAGAUCUUGCUUAUAGUAUGAAAGAUGGCACACGAACAGCUCUGACAAGAGAUAUGAAGCAUGACAUACUGGAAAAGCUUGCAAAGACAAUGUACUCUUACAAGGCUUAUCCUGAAGACAACAACUUCAGCAAUGUUGCAAAAGCAUUGAUUAGCAAGCACCCUGGUCUAACUGAGCCUGGUCCUCAGCCUGGAUGGUACGGCUGGAAGAACAGUCUUAAAUUUAAGAUGGCUAACUACCGAACUAAACUUCGAAAAGCUGGAUGUGAGGAUGUCUCAAUCAAUGGGGGUAAAAGGAGCAAAGGCAACCCAGAGGGAGACUCAUCCAGCAAGAACAUUAAACGGCCAAAAAGGGGCGAAGCAAACUAUCUGCCGAAUUUACCAGAAGGACAUGAUGAAACAAGUCUUGAAAAUGACAGACAGACUCUUGUUGAGGAAAUGAAGAAAAGAAGACCAAAUGGCAUCCUCAUAUCCAAAGUGAUGGACCAGACAUUCCCACUACGCAGACAAGAGAUUGUUAAAAAUGAGCCUGAGGUGAAGAACAUGGUUGAAAGAUGGCCAGCAUUGUUCACUGAAAGACAGGUAGGCUAUAAUCAAAGCCGUGAGGCCAGAAAUAUCACUUGUAGGAACAUAAACUGUUGUUUUGUUUGUUUUACACAAGAUAAUACAAAUCAGUAUUUUCUGUUGGUGAGAAAGUGGCAUGGACUAUUGUCAUUUGUUAUACGGUGUUACACCUUUAGUAAGCUGGAAGCAUACCUCAACUUUCUAUGUUGCAUUCCCAUUAUAGUCGGCGAUGACUCCAGUGAAUUCUACAAGACAUGCUUGGAUUCAACAAGAGAUGAGGUCCUAGCAUCUGUUACAGUUGGUGUGCUCAUGUUCUCAGCGAAGACGGUCUUCAAGAGGAUCCAAGCUCAAAGCACCUUCAGACAAUCUCCACAGCCAUCGUACUUGAGGGAGGAAAGUGUUGUUUUAACCCAGGACUGA